AAGAACAAGUUAUCGCCAUGGGAGACCUGUGCGUAAAUAUCGCUAAUAAUGUCCCACUUACGUAAUUUAGUCACAUGCCCUGUGUGUGUUGACAUCGCGUUUGACCCUCGCUCCAAAUCACCUGUAAAACAACAAAACGGAAUGGCGGCCUGCAAUGGGGCCAGCAACUUGGCCUCAAAAUCGUACGAUUACUUCAGUCUCUUGCAGUAUAGACUCGCCCCUGCAGAUGUGCUAAAAACAGCAGGACCAAAGCUAGUGCCAUUCUUCAAAACUGUCUGCGUCUACUUUGUGGCCUGGCUCCCUGAGUCUGACAGACCUACUAUUUUUGCAGCAUUGCUUAAAAUCUUGCCUAUUGCUUGCCUCUGUGGUUUUGUCACACUUCAGGGUGUUUCCCUUACCAAGCAACAUGACUACAGUCGGCGCAUUCUCCUGGGCUUGAUAUUCUCAAUGAUCGGUGAUGUCUGUUUGGUGUGGAAACAUUCCUACUUCAUUCAUGGGAUGGUAGCUUUUGCCAUAGCUCAUCUUUUGUACAUGCGCUCUUUUGGAUUCCGACCUUUGAAGCCUCUUACAGGAAUCAUUUGCCUUCUGUUGAUGCUGCCGUUUUAUGUGUUCUACUUCCCAAACCUUAAAGGACUACUGUUUUAUGCAGUUCCUGUCUACAUUGUGGUCAUCGGCAUCAUGGUUUGGAGAGCCAUUACUGGUCUUCAGGCACAGAUCUAUAGCGACGACGGACUAUGGCGCUGGACCAAGCUAUGUGCCUGCCUUGGGGCUCUGUCCUUCGCUAUCUCAGAUGCAGCCAUUGGACUUAACAAGUUCUGCUUUCCCAUCCCUCACUCUCGUGCUAUCAUCAUGUUCACCUAUUAUGGCGGCCAGCUGGGCAUUGCGCUGUCCACAUUCAGUUUGGAUGAUGAGUACCACCUGCGCAUGAAGCAAACUCUGAAGUCUCAGUAAAACACUGAAAUCUCAGUGGAGAUAGAGUAGGGGAUAUAAAAGGGGGUAGAGCAUACCUGUCAACUCUCCCGCAUUAGGCGUGAGUCUCAAGAUUUUGGACCCCUACUCCCGCGUUGAGCACCAAAUCUCCCGCUUUUAAGAGAUUUUUAUCGCUUUCGAAAAAAUUAUUCUAUAGAAAAUCAUCAUUUUGCCUAUUUUCUAUUAAAAUAUUUGAAACAACUAUUCCCUUGCGUAGCCCAAUUUAUCUAAGACCCUUGUUAGAUCUAUAAGUGGAUUUGUUUGCGAGAGCUUUCUAUAUGUCAAACACCUGCAAGGUUGAACCACCCCUCCCCCCCAAAAAAAAAAAAUCGAUAUCCCCACCCCUCCCCCCAAAAAAUGAAUAUCCCCACCCCUACCCCCAAAAUAUUCUCAAGCCUUGAGAUUUUCAGAGGUUGACAGGUAUGGUACAGUAGUCUAUUUACUAUGGCAAGCAUGAAUAAUAGUGAACAAAAGCUUGCUGUCAGAGUUUUAUCCUUAGUUAUACUAAUAUAUAUAUAUAAUAAUAUAUAUAUAUAAUAUAUAUAUAUAUAUAAACUUGAGUGAAAAUUCCCGUCAGCCAACAGCCAGUCUAUCUAAAAGGAUCCAAGAUACCAGGGCUCAGUAGCGAAAAUAUAAAUAUAGUAGUGUGAAGAAAGAUGCUACGAUUCCCAACUUUUAGACAUUAUUAAAAAUUUACUAAACGUUAUAUAUAUAUAUAUACAUUGAUAUAUUGUUUGAGUUCCAAAUUAUCAAAACAUACCUCUUUUUAAUUGAUGAUGACUGUCAUGCAUGUGUUCAAACAAGACUUGAUAGUUGAUAACUCAGAUGACAUUGCUUGAUCAUGGCAUCAAUAGACCUGUGCAAGUCAGAAUGCUAUUCACCUUGCAUCAAUUUGUUAUGUGUUUGGCCACUGUAGUUGCUAUGAGCAACAUUCCCCUUUAAGUAUUUUGAUUAAAAUAGGGGUUGACAGUGAAAGAUGAUGAAAAUUUUUUUUUUUAAACAUUGGCAACUGAAAACUGUUAACUAUUAAAGUGCUAAUAGCACGUAACUUGACACUUACAUGUAAUUUCACCAUAUUCAGCACAAAACUAGACAUCUCAGCUUCAGCACUACCCUAUUUCUUCCAUCAGAUAUUAAAAGGAAACUAAGCCAGCAGGCUUUUAUUUAACUCAGGGGCAUAGCCAGAGGGGUGGCCCCCCCUUCUAGCAGCCAAAAAUACAGUAAAUGUAUGAAACAUCAUCUUAAAUACAGCAGAAAAUGCCUUGAAAUGACCUUUUGGGCCCCCUCCUAGUAAAAAUCCUGGCUAAGCCGCUGUAACUUGGUGUUUUGAUCAGUCAGAAUUUUCAAACCCUUAUUUGUGUAAAUAUGGUCGAUUUAUAUAAGUAUUUUGAGUAUUAAUAGGAAAAUUGCUUAGUUAUUUCAAUCUAUGAGUUUUUGUUUUUAUGCUUUUUAUAAUAUAUGUUUUGUUAAAAAAAUUCAUACAUACUUUGCACAUACUAUGUUAUACCUUUAUAGAUAUUAUCUGUAUUUAUCGGUUUUACUUACGUUAUAUAAAUGAGUUUACUUACCUUUGGUAUUAUCUUUACAACUGGGAACAAAAAUAUUUUUAAACGUCAUGAUCCUAACUUAUAAGCUACUACACAAGCAACAAUACAAUAUAUCAUAAAAACAUCAAUAUAAUACAAUAUAUCAUAAAAUACAUUAACAACCAAUAAAAUGUAUAAUAAAAAGUUUAUCCACA